ACAAUUUCACACCUACGCGUCUCAAUCCCACGCGACACCGACACAUAAGACAACACGAGCACGUUGCUAACUUGCGCCUCCGUCUUCCUCGUUCUUUUAUCCCUGCAAAUUUCACUUCUUCAAUUCAAAUGCUAAACUCUUCUCUCUCACUCCUUGUUGUUGUUGUGUUAAGUGCCUACACUUAUUGUUGAUUUCAUUCCAACAACCUCUAUUUGAUCAUUAUAUUAUUAAGCAUAGUUGCAGGGUGUUACUUGUUAUGUUCCCCUUGUUUUAAGCUCUUAGAUUGCCACUAAUCACAAUCUUUUCUGUUAGGUUUAGGUUUUGGUGAUUUCGGUUUUUGCCCCUUCGCUGUUUGACCUAUGAAUUGUGAAAUUUGGUGAUUGAGUUUGCAAUGCAAUGAGAAGACGCCCUGAUCAAACGGAGAAAGGGUCACCCAAGUACCACAAUUCUAGGCUUUGUUGUUUGGCAUCCCUUUCUGCCUUUUUUUGGUUCUUGCUUUUGUAUUUCCAUUUUGUGGUACUUAGAGGAGAUAAUACUAAUAGUAAUAGUAAUAAUAAUUUUAAUGAUGAUAAUCAUGUUGAUCAAUCAAUCAAAUUAGCACCUGUUUCUGUUGAUUAUGAGCCUACUUUAAUCCAUGUAACUGAUGCCCAUCAAGUGCAAGCCCCUCCUAGAAAGAUUGGCUUCAAUGUGCCUCAGGUGCGAAAGAGUGACACCCGUCAUGAGAAGAGUUACCCUUUCACGAGGGCAUUGAGAACUGCUGAAAACAAGAGUGAUCCAUGUGGGGGGAGGUAUAUUUAUGUGCAUGAUCUUCCCUCUAGGUUUAAUGAGGAUAUGUUGAAGGAGUGUAGGAGUUUGAGUCUUUGGACUAAUAUGUGCAAGUUCACCACCAAUGAUGGCCUUGGUCCGCCCCUUGAGAAUGUGGAAGGGGUGUUUUCUGAUACUGGUUGGUAUGCUACGAAUCAGUUUGCUGUUGAUGUAAUUUUCAGCAAUCGGAUGAAACAGUAUGAAUGCUUGACAAAGGAUUCCUCUAUUGCUGCUGCAGUUUUUGUGCCCUUUUAUGCUGGGUUUGACAUUGCACGUUAUCUUUGGGGUUAUAAUAUUUCUGUGAGGGAUGCAGCUUCGCUUGAUCUGGUUGACUGGCUUAUGAAGAGACCAGAGUGGAGCAUAAUGAAUGGAAGAGACCAUUUUCUUGUUGCGGGAAGGAUAACUUGGGAUUUCAGGAGACUAUCUGAUGAAGAAUCGGAUUGGGGCAAUAAGCUUCUGUUCUUACCAGCAGCAAAGAAUAUGUCUAUGUUAGUGGUUGAGUCCAGCCCCUGGAAUGCCAAUGAUUUUGGGAUUCCAUAUCCUGCAUACUUCCACCCGGCAAAAGAUGCUGACGUGUUCAUUUGGCAGGACAGAAUGAGGCAAUUGGAGAGGAAGUGGCUUUUCUCCUUUGCUGGAGCUCCACGUCCCGGCAACCCGAAAUCAAUCAGGGGUCAGUUAAUUGAUCAGUGCAAAAGGUCACAGGUCUGUAAGCUGUUGGAAUGUGACUUUGGUGAAAGUAAAUGCCAUUCUCCCAGCAGCAUAAUGCAGAUGUUUCAAAGCUCACUUUUCUGCUUGCAACCUCAGGGUGAUUCAUACACACGUAGAUCCGCUUUUGAUUCAAUGUUGGCCGGUUGUAUACCUGUGUUCUUCCAUCCAGGUUCAGCAUAUACACAAUAUACUUGGCAUCUUCCCAAGAAUUACACCAAGUAUUCUGUCUUCAUUCCAGAGGAUGAUAUUCGUAAGAGGAAUGUCAGUAUAGAGGAAAGACUCAGUCAGAUACCUCCUGAGCAAGUAAAAAUCAUGAGAGAAGAGGUCAUUAGUCUCAUUCCAAGACUAGUAUAUGCUGAUCCUCGCUCUAAAUUGGAAACUCUUAAAGAUGCAUUUGAUGUUGCUGUACAAGCAAUAAUUGACAAGGUUACAAAUUUGAGGAAGGAUAUUAUUGAAGAUCGAACAGAUGACAACUUCAUUGAGGAGAACAGUUGGAAAUAUGCUUUGUUGCCUGAGGGAAAUCAUGAGGUAGGACCUCAUGAAUGGGAUCCUUUCUUCUCCAAACCAAAGGAUGGUAGUGGAGAUUCCAGUAAUUCCUCUGCUGAAGCUGCAAAAAAUUCUUGGAGGAAUGAGCAAAGAAAUCAAUCAUGAAGGAAAGGAGGAAAAAAUCUGCAGGGUGCUGUGCAGUUCAAUGCAAACAUAGAAAUGCUUUAGCUGAAUUGGGGAAUAAUUGCAAAUUAUUGCUGGGUCUUGCUGUGAACUUACUGCUGAACUUGUGUCUAAGUAUAUUGAGCGAGGUUCCUCGGUGAAAAACCCUGCAUGGGAGACAUUCUUUGCUUAACACAUUUUUGUUAUAUAGGUUUUUAUUUUGUUUUUCUGAUUUCUGCUUCAUGUAUUCUCCUUACAGGCUUAGUGGUUCCUAGAAUGGCUGUUCUGGGGGGUUUAAUAAUUCAUUUCAUGUAUUAGUUUUGUUCAUUUAAUUCAUAUGGGAAAUAUAUACAAAUUUA